AUGGAUCAUAUCGACUCCAUACCUUCAGAAAGACCCGCUAAAAGGGUCCGGCAGGCCUGUGAACCAUGCAGACGCAAAAAGGCCAAAUGUCCCGGAGAGCAGCCGGUCUGCUCACUGUGUGCUAGACUACGGCAAGAAUGCAUCUAUGCAGAGGAACGGCGUCGACCACAAGCCCCAGAGGAGCCUGCAAGGCCCGUUCUAGUUGGGCAGGCAGCUCCUCAAUCCCUGGAAGAUCGAUUGCGGAGCUUGGAAGGAAAGCUAGGAGUGGUCAUUGAUCAUCUAGGAGGAAACCCGCCGGCAACGGGCACCACUCAAAUACCCAGUGGGAUGACCACUUCUGGCCCAACUGCAUCAGUUAUUCUACCGCCCUGGGAUGAAAUUGUCCCUCUAGCAGAGCUAUACCUAUUGUACUGCGAAUCACAACCUCUACCUCUCUUCCAUACGACCAGCUUCAUCCGCAGUAUCCAAACAAGAGAUAUCGAAAUCAUCUACGCCGUUUUGGCGUUGAGUAUGCGGUUCUCGAAUUCGCACCACAACGCCAACACUCUAUCCGAACAGGUCAACAGCUAUGCUGAAGUAGCGCGCGGCCUGGUUAUGAAGCGGGUUUCAGAAGGACCAGUCGAGAUCUCGACCCUCCAAUGUCUUUGUCUGUUGAGCUUGGUUGACUUUACAAACGGCAAUACGCAUCGCUCUAGCAUCCACAGCAGUCUUGCAAUGAACCUCGCCCAAUGCGCAAAUCUAGGCCUGGAGCCCCGCGCACCAAUGACUAACAUCCAACGCGAGGAACGCAGACGUUGCUUCUGGAGUAUAUGUCUGCUGAAACGACUACAUGGCGGCGACUUCUCAAUUGACGUUCCAGAAGGAGGAGGUCCAUGCUACCCGCAGAGUCCAUCACGACCCGCGCGGAUGCUUUCACCGGGUCCCUCACCACCAGACUCGCGGAGGAGUGAUAUCCAAGACCAAGGCAUUCUCGCCUAUGUCAUUAUGCUAAGCGAGGCCUUUGCACGGACAGGACGAUAUGUCCGAUACCAUGGACGACCAAGCAAUGUGCCCCCUUGGUCUCCGCACUCGGAGUAUUCAAAGAUCAUCGCGCUGCAGAUGGAUAUGGAGACAAAGAUGCCUCUGACACAUCGAUUCAAACCAGCAAAUCUCAGCGAUAGAUCCCUAGAGGAACUACAAGCUCAUCGCGAUUACUGGGGACCCUGGUUCCUGAAUCAAUUCAUGUACCACACCAUGCUGUGUCUGCUAAACCACCCACUCCUACUAUCUCUCAGUCUACGCACGUUCCGGAGCACCAUCCCCGAGAUCUUCCUCCAGCACACUUCCGACUUGAUCUCCUCUCACACGACCUGGAUCAUCCACUUCAUCAACUUCUUUGAAGAAAAGGGCUUCUUCGUGUCAGAUCCCUUACUGGGCUACAGCGCCGCCGUCGUAGCCACCAUCGAACUCCAGCUCAGUUUCACAGAUAAUCCAACAAUCCGCGACCAAAAACGCGACCGUUUCACGAAAUGCGUCAAAUUCGUCCAGCAAAUCGGCGAACGAUGGCCUCACAUGGCCCGCCUCGCACAAAGACUCCAACAUCUCGAAGACGCCGUCUCAGCAACCUACCAAUCCGACCCUAACGCCCAGAACCAAAGCCUCCUAAUCGAUCUCUCCAGAUUCUGGGAAAUCCUCGAAUACUCCUCCAACAGCGACGCAGAUUCCGCCCGCCGUCUCUUCGGCGACUCGCUCUACGCCGGACCCUCGACUGCGAACCCAGAAGUCUCGCAGACGUCGCCGCUCCCUGCGCCAACGCGCAUUGGCGAAGAGAGACCGGCGAGUUUGCAGUCGCCGGGUGGCGGGUUUUCAGGAAAUGCUGCGGGGGGGUUUGCAGGUUAUUCGGGAAGUUCGUUGGUUUCGCCGCAGCAGCUUACUUUGACGAAUGAUGAGUUUUCGAUUUUGGCGACCAACUUUUUCUCACAGGGACAGGAGUUUUUGAGAGGUGGGGAUACUUGGACAAAUAUUGGGAACUUUUAG